UCGGAGGUGUUGGGACUGUUUGCAAAGAGUACAUGUCACAUUAGUGAGUGCCAAGUUUUAUAAUACUUUCUGCAAGGUUAUUAUAAACUAAUUUAGAAGAGAUUCUGGAUCUUCAUUAGAAUUGAAAGUAAAAUAAGUUAUUUUUAUCAUUUUACUGAUAUUUGUUGAUUAUUUAUUUUGAAAGUCUUUCGCAAACAUUUUCGGGUUAAAUAACUUAUCUGAAGGCACAUAGUCUAUCCUCCACUGCAUUAAUGCAGUUUUUGCAUUUUGUGCGUUCUCUAUCUUCCACGGUCCAUUGUGCUGCCACUCUCAGGUCAAAUGAAUUCGGCCUUUCUUUUGGUUUUACAAGUGGUCUUAUGGCCCACAAUUGCUGCGUUGUUCACAGUGAAGGUAGACAGUCCAUCCUACUUGGCGGAGUUCCAUAGUGAUGUCACCAUGGGAUGCAGGUUCCAACCUGUGAACCGUGAACUUAACCUGACAGUGAUAUGGCACCGUGUCUUGCCACCUCCAGUUGUUGAGGUUUACAGGCUGGCGAAUGGGCAGGAGGACCUCCUUUCCCAGCAUCCUCAGUAUCACAGCAGGGUGCGGCUGGUAUUAACAGAACUGAUGAACGGGUGGGCCAAGCUGCAGCUGUCCAGGCUGAGGAUCAAUGACUCUGGGACGUACCAAUGUCUUGUGACAAUGGGGGUAGCUGAUUAUAAAGAGACCACUUUAACUGUCAAAGCCUCUUAUAAACCUAUCAAAAAAUGCAUCCUGAGUCGAGGGGGAGAGGAGGUGGAUCUGGUGUGUGCGUCGGAGGGCUAUCCUCGUUCCACUAUCAGCUGGAAGGAUGGGAGUAAUCAGAUCCUCAGUUCCAAUGAAACCAAUGUCCAAACUCCAGACCAGCUUUUCCAAGUCACUAGCAAGAUAACAGUGAAAUCCUCUGUGAAAAACAACUAUACGUGUUCAAUAGUGGAUGAAGUUCCAAACAAUCUAUCAGCCAUGUUUGUCAUCCCAGAUGAAAUACCAGUUCUUAAGAGUACACCGACCGCCCUUUAUAUUGCCCUGGGAACAGCAUUCAUGUUGGCUGUAUUUAUUGUAGCUGUCAUCAUCCGGAAUUACAGACAGAAAGGGAUGUCAGAAAUGUCCAGCACUGCAUGCAGAAACAGUCUUCUGGGCUUGGCACAGACGUGACCUGGAAUCAAACACUGAUUUGGUCAUACAAUGUAAAAUAAGCAUCCGUUCACUAAUGUUAUCUGAUCUGCUACAUAUUGAACUGUGUUCUGUGGCCUCAAGUCAUUUGCACAAUUCUGGUUGAUUCGGCUGAUAGACUGAUACGGAUGACCUGUUUUAGGAGGUCAAAGAAAAGGAGCAGGUCUGGACUGUGUUAAAGCUUCUAAGAGAGACAGCAAUGCUGUCAAGAAGACUAAAAACACAAAAGACUCAUCCAGACAUGUAUACAUCUUGUGUCCAUUUUCCAUCUUUGACUCUGUCAAGGAAACAGUGAUAGAUUUACUGGAUUAUUUCAAAGCCAUACCUACAAUAUCCUAUUGUUGCCUCUAUUUACAUUAAGGAAAGCCUGGUUUUUAAAAAAAGGCUACGUUUUAUGCUACCUCAAGAAAAACUGAAAUGUUUUUAUACAUACACAUUUUUAUUCCAUUUGGUCUCCUCCCUCAUGACGUGCAAUUCAGGAUAAUGGCUUUGCAUUUUCACAGCAACUUUCCAGCAGGUUCUGCAGAUUUAAAAAUGUAGUGAUGGAUGUCCAGUGAUGGAUGUCGUCCCAAGUCAUUUUGCUUGCUCAAGCAAAAGGUAUUCACUGGGAUGGGCAACAAGCUUAGGCAGCACUGUUUGACAUUCUGCCCAUCCAACCCAUGCAUAGUCAAUUUAGACCUCCUUCUGUGGGACCCCAAGGCACAGUCUGGGAUUAUGCGACCAGGAGGUGAACUCAGUGGCAAAUUUUUAUGUAAAAGUGUUUUCACAGCUGUUUGAUUUCACUUAAAUUCAAUAAAUAAUGAUCACGAAUUAUAAUAAGCUGUAAUGUGUUUUUU